AUGGCGGCGGAGGAGCUGCUGCGGAAGAUACGGGAGCUGGAGGAGGGCCAGGCGGAGCUGAAGCGGGAGAUUUCCAAGCUCGUGCCGGAGGAGCAGCAGGGCGCGCAGCAGCAACAGCACCACGCCUCGCGCCGCCCGCCGCGGCGCGCCCUCCCCGCGGCGCCGUUCCUGUCGUCGCGGCUGCAGCGCGUGGGCGCAUCGGGCUCACUGACCGCCAGCACAUCAGGGCCCUGCACGCGCUGGGCCAGGCCGUGCAUAUCAUUGCCCCCGGCGGGAAGCUCAUUUACUGGUGAGGUUCCUUGCAUUUGGUUGUCUGUGUACUCUGCACUAGGAGUGUUCGGUGAAAUGUCUGAUAAGCGUUAUGCAGAGGCUCAAACCAAUCUUAGAGAACAGAACCGGUAUGCCGAACAAAUGUAUGGCUAUUCUACAUCAGAAGCAGUUGGUCAAGACGCUGUUGAAUUAUUGGUUCAUCCUGAUGAUGCUGAGGCAGCAAACAAUAUCAUCAGAAAUAUAUUUAUGGGGAAAUGUUGGAGAGGGAAGUUUCCUGUUAAAAAGAAGUCAGGAGACCGGUUCUUCAUUGUGGCCAAUAAUACUCCUUUGUAUGAUGAUGAUGGCAGUUUGGUGGGUCUCAUUUGUCUCUCAGUUGAUACGAAGACAUUAGAGGAUAUAAUGGGCCCUUCAACUUCAAUGAGGUCCUAUACACAUCCAGCGAGGCCCCGGUUUCAAGUCAACAAUCGGCCUAAAUGCAAUUUAUUAAAUAAAAGUUCUUUUGAGUCUGAGCAACCUGUCCAAUCUUCUUUAGCCUCCAAGAUAACAACUUUGGCUAGCAAAGUUACAAACAGAGUUCGUUCUCGGAUGAAGACAGGUCAGAACUGCAAUGAACAAUAUGGUGGCGGUUCUGAGUAUCAGUACUCUGAAGAUGAUUCCAAGGAAGAACUGGCAUCUAGUGGAACAAACACCCCUAGAGGUGAUGUACUGCAUGAUGGCUUUGUUAAAGGAGACCAUUCCCCUGGGAAGUCGAGUAAAACAAGUAGUGAUGACUCAGGGGACGGAAAUGAAAGGCUUUACAAGAUUAGUUCAAAGGCAGAGGAAUUAUUGGCCAAUAAGGGGAUAUCGUGGCCUUGGAAAGGGCACGAACAGAAUGGUCCUGACAAGGGUCACAUGAACCCAUUGCAGUUCCAUGAUAAGCAAGACAAUGACCAGAUACAUCUGGCUGGUCCAGAGUCAAUUGUAAUUCCAGACUACCAAGAUUCUGAUAGCACCCAGGAAAGCAAAUAUGAAGUAACGGGUAACUGGUGGUCUUUCACCAAUGAUAGCUUCAAUAGUUUGGGCAGCAGUUUAAGUUCUGAUAGCAGUGCUAUUGAGAGAGUAGAUCAUGAAGCAGAUUGCCUAGAUUAUGAGAUUCUGUGGGAAGACCUAGUAAUUGGAGAACAAGUAGGUCAAGGUUCUUGCGGAACAGUGUAUCAUGCUCAGUGGUAUGGCUCGGAUGUAGCAGUUAAACUAUUCUCUAAGCAAGAAUAUUCAGAAGAAAUGAUAGAUACCUUCAGACAAGAGGUAUCACUGAUGAAGAAACUACGUCAUCCAAAUAUUAUACUCUUCAUGGGUGCAGUUGCAUCUCCAGAACGACUUUGUAUUAUUACAGAAUUUCUUCCACGGGGGAGUUUGUUCCGCUUACUUCAAAAGAACACUGCCAAGCUGGAUCCAAGACGGAGAGUUCACAUGGCUAUAGACAUUGCAAGGGGUAUGAGUUAUCUUCACCAUUGUAGCCCUCCUAUUGUUCACCGUGAUCUAAAAUCAUCAAAUUUGUUGGUUGACAAGAACUGGACUGUAAAGGUUGCAGAUUUUGGUCUUUCACGUCUAAAACUCGAAACGUUUUUGCGAACAAAAACUGGAAAAGGAACGCCACAAUGGAUGGCCCCAGAGGUGUUACGUAAUGAACCUUCAGAUGAAAAGUCUGACGUGUACAGCUAUGGGGUUAUUCUAUGGGAACUUGUGACCCAGAAGAUACCCUGGGAUAAUCUCAAUACAAUGCAGGUUAUCGGAGCUGUUGGUUUUAUGGAUGAGAGGUUGGACAUUCCAAGCGAUACAGAUCCUAAAUGGGCAUCGAUGAUUGAGAGUUGUUGGGAUAGCGACCCACAAAAACGCCCUUCGUUCCUAGAGCUCCUGGACAGGCUUAGGGACCUGCAAAAGCAGUACAGCCUGCAGGCUCAGAUGCAGCGUAACCUGUCUGCCGACGCUCUGCUGAAAGGCUCUGUGAAAUGA